CGGUGUCACGUGGUCUUUUCUACACAUACACACAAAAUAGUGUCUUUUGUAAUAGAAAUAUUAGUCGGUGUUACCAACUACGCGCCGUGGUCUACGACUCGAUCGUCGUAGGCCUCGGGUCAGCUGGUACGACGGCCGCGUCGACCCUCGCCAAGGCCGGGAAGAAGGUCCUGGCGCUGGAGGCGAUGGACAGGGUCGGCGGACGAGUCAACACCGUGCCCUUCGGAGAUGGACUCGUCGAGCUCGGGGCUGAGUGGAUCCACGGCACCGCAAACAACCGCGUGUACGAGACAGCAAUAGCCAACGACAUAGAUGUUGUCAACGAUGACACCUUGGAAUCCGAAAUCUAUAUGUCGGAUGGCUCUCCAGGAGACACCCAGUUGAUAAGUGAGCUGAUGGACUUCGCCAAUAAAGUGAUAGACGACCCGCCACCAGUGCCGGAACCUUUGGGCCAGUAUGUUACUAGGAGAGUGAAAGAACACAUUAAAGAGAAGUACCCGCAAAUAGCGAAUGAUACUGAUUUCAUCGAAUCGAUUCUAUUUUGUAUACAAUUGGACACAGAAGUUUAUGAGUCGUCUAAUAGUUGGAAUGAGCUCACAACGUCCUCUCAUUUCAAGGACCUAAAGGGGCAUCAGGGCGUCAGUUGGCACAGACACGGGUACAAGACGUUUUUUGAAAUCUUGUUGAACACAUACAAUAAUGGCCCCGGCUACCCUAACCUGGACAUCGCGCUGAACAAGGAGGUGUCUCGCAUCACGUGGCCGCGACAGCCGGCGGAGGACGCGGUCGUGUCCUGCUCCGACGGCUCCGUCUACAGAGCCCGGAGUGUUAUCGUGACGGUCUCGCUCGGCGUGCUCAAGGAGAGGCACAACACAUUAUUUUCCGCUGCCUUACCGAGCGAAAAAACUACGGCUAUAGAGAAAAUGUCCAUAGGUGUGCUCGGUAAAAUAAUAUUGUCUUUUGAAAAACCCUGGUGGCCAAAGAAUAUGACAGCCAGCACUUUUAUAUGGAAAGCUGAGGACAGGAAGAGUAUCCCGAAAGAAGACAUCUGGACCUCUAUGAUGAGUGGCGCCAGUUUUGGUUUGGGGACCAGUAAUACGUUGACCCUUUGGUUGUGCGGCGAUGCGGCUAGAUUGGUAGAGACGUUGCCUGAAGACGUGGUGAAAACCAAGUCAAUGGAAAUCCUGAGGAGGUUCAUGGGAAGGGACACCGACAUACCAGAGCCUACUGCCAUGUUGAGGUCAAGUUGGUACAAAAACCCCUUUACGCGGGGUAGUUACACAUACGACAACUUACUCACCCCACAGUACCCCAACGCACGCGAGGAUCUGGGUAAACCCUUACUGGACUCCGCUGGCAACCCACGCGUACUGUUUGCAGGCGAGGCGACGAACACUCAACACUACGCAACAGUCCAUGGCGCCUCAGAGACCGGAUAUAGAGAAGCGAUGAGGCUACUUAAUAAUUCUAAGAAGAUUUAAGUGUUUGCCCCGUUUGGGGUAAACGUAGAUGUAUAUCGAGUUGUCUUAAAAGGGAAAUAUUGUGAAACUAUUUGAAUGAACAUACGUUACUCCGGUAGUAACUAAUACCUUAAGAUGUUUUUAUUACAUAGAUACGUUGUCCGAGCUCAAUACUGGCAAGACAAAAGUAAGGUAAUUGCCCGAAUUGACGGCCAAUGAGC